AUGUUCCACAAGAUGCCAAAUGGUGAAAGUGACUGGGUGAAUCACAUUCGGGAGACUGUCUUUCCUGACCAGGGUGCGUCCACACUCGCCGGGUGCGGUGAUAUUGGCGGCGACUGUGACCCAGACUCAAUGUGCUCGGAUUAUUCUUCCCUCAUGGCCUAUUGGGUAUUUCGGUCAGUGGGAGUGCUGCACAGCAAGUUUAUUGCUGUCCAUGAGCAGUUGCUCUGGGAUGGCUCGUUGGAUGGUCUGUCGAUUGAUCAAAUUGCCAAAGAUUUCUCAGGCGUCUCUCCGGAUCAAUCUCGGGCGAAAUGGAUCGCCGUCGCGUUCACCAUGGCCGGGGUUAUUGCAACAGGAAUUGACCUCAGCAUGCCACUGCGCGGCAUGAUUGGGUUUGCAUCUGCCGGCCUUACUGAUGUCUCCCUCACAAGCAGCGGCUCUGAUAGUGUCGAUGUCAAAUCGGUGAAAAAAUACCCUUAG